AUGUUGCAUCGAGGACAGCCCCAUUCGAUCGGGUCCGUGCUGGUCGUCCUGGGUACGGUGAUGGCCGUUACCGUGAGCGCGCUCUGUCCAACGCCGCGUUGCGCUACGUACGACGAAAUCAACACGCUCUGGACGGAUCCAGACCCGGCACACUACCAGCAGUGCCGUCCGAGCCCGAACGGUACCUGGUACCUGCAGCAGAUGACUUGCGCAUCUGGCACACUGUUCAGCUACGAUCGACAGGUAUGCGUGCGGCCCGCCUACUGGACCGACUGUGCGGUCGCACCGACCGCGCCCGACGUGGUGCCGUGUGAAGCACCGCGCUGCAUUACGUUCGCCGAGAUCGGCACGCUUUGGGUGCAUAGGCUGCGGGAAAAGUACUACCAGUGUCGACCGGUGAACGGCACCUGGGUGCCGCAGGAAAUGCUGUGUGCGCCGGGCACACUGUUCAGCUUCAAGCAUCAGGUGUGUGUGCAUCAGGCGAUGUGGCAAAGCUCCUGUUACAUGGCAGACAGUGAACAGUGA